GAGAGGCCGGGAUGCGCCGCGCGGCCGCCAGCCGGAGCCGCGGUCUGUGCCCGCCGAACGGGCGGCGGCAGAGCAGCUCUGGCGAGCAGCGUGCCUGGAGCUCGUGGCGCACCCUCUCCCGCGACGCGGCAUCCCGACGCGGAGUUCGGUCGAGCGGCCUGCAGCAACGAGAAAGUAUGUCCGCCGCCAGCCCGGCCCCCGAAGAGACGACGCAGGCACUAGGGACCGUGUAUGAGGAAGUUAGUUGCAAUGCUCCAAAGGGGCCUCCAGCAUCCAGUAGAAAGUGCCUAAGGGACAUCCAGGAACACGAGGAUUCUAUGAUGAAAAUGGAAGUCAUGACAAAGAACUGUGGCAAGCUGACCGUUCACGUCCAGGGAGACAUGGACAACCUCGAGAAGAAAGCAGUAUUCCUGACAGUCCAUGACAUAGGAAAUAACCACUCGUCCUUCCAGGAUUUUGUGGAUCACCCGUGCAUGGCGGAGAUCAAGCAGCGGUCCGUCUUCAUUCACGUAGACGUUCCGGGCCAAGAGGACAACGCCACUGAACUCCCCAGCGAGUUCAACUUUCCCACCAUCCAAAUGAUGGGUGAGGACCUGAUAUCGGUGCUGGACCACUUGAAGAUCAACCUGGUAGUCGGAUUCGGAGAGGGAGCAGGAGCCAACAUUCUGGUCCGGUUUGCGCUUGCCCACCCGUCCAGAGUGCUUGGACUGAUUCUGAUGCAUCUGGUAUCAACUGGAGUCGGCAUGAUGGAGUACUUCAAAGAUAAGAUUAUGAACUGGAAACUCCAGAAUGUUGGCAUGAACCCCUCUGCUGAGCAGUACCUCGUUCUUCACAAGUUCGGAGCGCAACUGGAGAUGGUCGACAACAAGGAACGCCUCAUCUCGGACUACACCGAGAAACUGAAGAAGCAGAUCAACCCACGGAACCUGAAGCGCUACGUAGAGUCUUACAUGAAUCGCAAAGACAUCAGCGGUCUGAUUGAAGCAAACCUCAAGAGCAUGGACGUACUGCUGGUGACGGGCAGCAAGGCUGCUCACGCACAAGCCGUGCAGAAUAUGUACGCUCGCAUGGACAAACAGAAGACGUCGCUGCUCAAGGUGGACGCCGUCGGGGACGUCCUGCAGGAGUCUCCUGAGAAACUCGCCCAAAGCCUUUUGUUGUUUGUCAAAGGAUUGGGAUUCCUGACCUCUAUCACCUUGCCUGGUGUGGAAAGACAGAGAACCUUUUCCGGAGGCGACCACAAAAUGCUGGGCGCCGUGGGCCGGCGACACACCCUCUCGAUGGAGGACUACGACAUACCUCGGACGAGAAGGACCUCGCUCACUGCUGUACAGAAAUAAGGGCGCCGCCGAAGCACUGCUGACCGAGAGCGCGGAGGACAUUCAUUUGACCUUUCUUUCGGAUGCUUCCUUCGGCAGUGCUCGAUUCCAUUCUCUGUGGGCGGCAAGCGUGCCAAAGUGCGCCACUAAGCGACGCGGAAAGCCCGACAACUACGAGUCCCGUCAGGUAGCGGUGGGCAAUCGGAGACCGUUGAGCAGCCCUGCGGUAAAUGGACGGGACGACACCCUUUGUAGGCCUGCAUGCUUGUGCAUCGUGUGUGUCCAUCGAUGUUCCCCGCCCGCCAGCGCGCUUUCCUUUCUUCGCACUCAGUGCCAAGGCUGUCUCGAGCUCGGCCACUUCGUGGAGGCAAGCUGUCGUCUUACACGAGAGGGGAAGAAAGAAUGGCUCCUAUCUGUGUGUAGAUGCUUACUGAUACCCCUCCCCACUCUGUAGCCGUAAUACACGAGACGCAUGUUGUAUCACCAGUCUAGGAAUCGACUGUACCCGUACGGCGGCUGUCGCAAGGUAGAUUCUCCCGCGCAUGCGCACUAUACAUGGAAACACCUGUUGGUGCUUUCUGUGCGCGCUCUGUCCUUUGUAAUCAGUGUUUGGCUGCAUUCAUGCUUCAGAGAUAAGCGUAAGGACGUGGUAGAAACAAGUGGCUACACUUUUCUUUUAAUUAUCUAACCUACUACGACUGGCAAGAUCAUCUCCUCGAGCGCUUUUAUGAACAGACCCUGUAGUUAUUGCUGCAGUACAAGGUAUUAUCUGUAUUAUUAGUGCAAGUUGCAGUCAAACAAUAAAAAGUAUACAAGUUGGAAUAAA